GUUUGUUCCGGUUCGGUUUUACUAGAAAUUUUUGGGAAUUUUCCAAUUCAGUUCAAUUUAUUUAUUUCUCUCUCUGGCUCGGACAAUGAUUUUGCUCUGCGCCUGCUGGAAAACGCCGAGGAAUCGCACGAUUUCGUGAAGCUGCUACUAGAUAUCUGUAUCUGAGUCAAUUCGAUUUCGUGAUGGAUCUGGAAACUGAAAAUCGAAUAGCUUCCAUUCUUUUAAGAGAAGCAGCAGAAUUGAGGAGACAAGCUGAGAAAGAUGGCGUCAGAGCAUAUCUUGAGAAGCCUAAUGUAAGGCAUCGACCUAACUCUAGAUUUCUCACUGCUACAGUUCUUGGUGUUCAGCAAGCAAACAAAGCUGUGGAAACCAAUGAGAUGUGGAGUCUUCGGAGUAAAGAGAUUGAGUUUGGUGAAAGGCUCAAAAGAAAAUCAAGAGAUGAGAGCAGCAAUGGUCAAAGUGAGCAGAACAAUAGGAGGGAUUUUUUAAAGAGAUGUACUUCAGUUGAUGAGAAUGUUACUACUACUAGUUUAUCACCAUCAUCAAGCCGGAGCAGAAGCAAAAGAUGGCAAUCAGAGGAUGAUGAUGAUGAAGGCUUAGGAGAUGUCGAGGUUAAGACUUUUCUCCAAUCAAGGGUCAAGCGUGGCAGAGGUUCUGUUGGUGCUAUGAUGGAUGAACCGCUACCCUGUCUUCCUGAGAGGGAAUUGUCAAGAACUUCUGAUACAGGAGAUCGGAAGCUAGUGAUUCAGCCAGAGCGAUCACCUUUAUUGAGACGUAGGACAGAUUCUUCUUCUUCCGACGAGGAGGAAGUUUACAAACGGGCUCAUAGAAAGAGAAAGGAGCAUAAGAAGAAACUUAGUAAGAAACACAAGUCAAAAGAGAAGAAAAGGGAUAGGAAGAAGAGAAAAUAUGGUAGGGACUAGAUCUUUCCGGACAAAAGUAAUUGCCUUUUUACACCGGCAGUGAUGUUGUAUCCAUAAGAUGAUCAUAUUUCAUUAAUUCUUGUAUUAGUAAAAUGCGAAUAAAAACUCUUUGAAGUAAGGUAGAGAGUGACAUAUCUUAGAGACUAAUGAUAUAUAGGUAGUAGAGACAACUAUUGGUGUGGCCUAUGAGG